ACCGCCACCGACCAAACGUCUAGUGCGUGCGAUUCGACCGCCCGGCAGUCAUCCGAUUUUGAACCGUUAAAGUUUUCAACAACAACACAUACCUACCACUUGGGUAGCCGCCGGUCAAAGUCAGCCUAACCCGCCGGACCGUAUACGCAUAACGUUGAUAUUUUUCAUCCGGAACACACUGGACUGAUCAUGCCGAUUUAUGGCCCUUUAAGGAGAGUUCCCAUUCGCUCCGGUGUACUGUUUAGCGUGGAUAUGCUUGGACGUGCUGUUCUGCACAGCUAGCAUAAUGCACUUAUGCACCAUCAGCGUGGACAGGUACUUGAGUUUGAGGUAUCCAAUGAAAUUCGGUCGCAACAAAACCAGACGGAGAGUGAUAUUGAAAAUCAUAUUCGUGUGGCUCCUGUCCAUUGCCAUGAGUUUGCCGCUGAGUCUUAUGUAUUCAAAAGACUUCAACUCGGUGUUAGUAAAUGGAUCCUGUCAAAUACCCGAUCCUCUGUAUAAGCUCAUCGGAUCCAUUAUCAGUUUUUACAUACCUCUACUGGUAAUGAUACUUACUUAUACGUUAACAGUCCGACAUUUGGCGGCCAAACGACAAAACCUGCAGACGGGGAUUACGAGAAAUUCCAACAGAAAUAGCAACGGUGGGAGGAGUUGGCGUCGGAUACUGCGGCGGAACUACCGACGGACGCGGUCGGACGAGUCGGACGUCCGGUUGACGGUCAGCGGAGUGUUGUCCACGGCCGUUUGUCCCGUGGAAUUGGACAAGAAGCCGACAGACACACCACUGGUGGCGAGGGCCCACGCAGGCAACGGGACGGCUGGCUCGAGAUCGGUCGGACAACAGCAGGACGACGGUCGCGAUGUGGGCCGCAGCCCGAUCAAGACCAAUCAGCAGACGCCCAACUCGAGCUGCAUGAGCACGCCGUUCAGACACCACCCGUCCAUGGGGUCGACCGACACCGAAAUGACGUCGUUGGACGCCCGUGAACUUUGGCUGCCCGACUCAGAACCUACACCGUCUACCAUGUCAGCCUUACACCAGUUCGGCGCCGAAAUGCUACGCCUGUCCAGGGGCCUAGAGCAAGUUGCGUCUCCCGAAUCGAAGCCCACGUCUCCCGACAGAUCCAGGUUGUCAUCCAUAAGAAGUGACGAGGACGUCGACGACAGUGUCGACUAUUCGGAACCUUAUCAAAACGAAGUCGUUGAGUCCGUCGACUCUGAAGAAACUGGGACUCCGCGCAAUCGCCGCGCCAAACGCCAACGACGGCGUCGACGAAAACGAUCCGGUACGCUGCACGAGUCAAUGCGUCGGCGGUUCGACGGUCAACCACACAGCAGGCCUGUCCGAGUAAGAAGUUAUCACGAAGACGAGUUCCGAGACCGCUUUGACCAUUCCGGACCCGAGCAGUCCGGCGGCGAUUUGGAAAACGGGCCGAAAAUCGUGGGCACUCUGCUCAAGGCCGAAUUUCAACGUAAGCCUGGACUGGACGAGGAAAUAUGUCUGCUGCCGCCGCCGCCACGUCGCCACCGGUCCGCCACCGGCGACGAUUCGCCGCCGGCGCCGGCGCCCCAACGGCGUUUAGUUGUCGACACGGUGGCCAGAUGGACACCGUCGAGCAACUCGGCCCGGACGACGGUGGCUAGCACCAACCAACCGCUGCGGCGGGCCAUGACACAAAAGCUGAUCCGGAAGAAGACGCCGGCGUCCGCGGCUUCCAAACGGCAGUCACAGCUGAUGCGGUACGGGUCCACUCUGGGCCUACCUGCCAAUUCGUCGUCGUCCAGGCCCAUCACGCCGCAGCGGUCAGAUAACGCGAGCCGGUCGAGCGUGAUGAUCAGGAACUCGUACCGGCACGGCAGGAUCAUCCGGCUCGAGCAAAAGGCCACCAAAGUGUUGGGCGUGGUGUUCUUCACGUUCGUGUUCCUCUGGACGCCGUUUUUCGCGCUCAAUCUGUUGCCGUCGAUCUGUCCCGAGUGCGAGGCCAAUAUCAACAAGGGCAUCUUCGACCUGGUCACCUGGUUGGGAUACGCCAGUUCCAUGGUCAACCCGGUUUUCUAUACCAUUUUCAACAAAGUUUUCCGGCAGGCUUUCAAACGGGUGCUGAUGUGCAAGUAUCGGAACCACAGUAAACGGCAAUCGUGGCCGCCGCCAGCCAGGAAACUAUAAAUCCCGCAUGGUGUACAUAACAACAGAAUAGAUUAUUCCAAAAUAUAAAUAGAUUAACGGGUAUAAUAAUUGUGUGAGUUUUGAUUGUCAAUGGAUUACCCGGUACUUUUCCGUUAGCGUUACAAUAGUUAGACCCGUGUAAUAAUAAUUUAUUUAAUGUCUAAAAUCUUCAGAAAAAAAAAACGAAUCGAACCUACGUUUUUUAACUUAGCAUAACGUUACAUUGAUUCGACCAUUGGUUAGAAAUUUAAUCAUCUUUGUUCUUGGCUAUUGUGAUAAUUGAUUAUUAAUUUAAGCGGCUAAUACACGAUCACUCGAAGAACGAAAGUCCUCUGGAUUGGCGGUCCUCUACUGGUGAGUGAUGACUGAUGAAGUCGAAAUACAUUCAAUGGCAAUUGUUAAACACAAAAUCAGAAAUAUUUAUGAUUACGUUAUACCCUCUAUUUAUUAAGGAGUUUGGUAUAGGACAUUUUUUUGCAAAAUCUUAAUUUAACCGAUAAACUGUUAAAAAAAUAAUAACGUAAAAAAAAGUUAUAGUUAUGUUAAGUAAAAAAAGUGAUUUUAAAUGUUAAUGUAAGGAUCGUCAAAAAAAGUAUAUGACAUUGUUUCCAAAAUCUUGUUAUCUUUCGUUUUUGUUAUAAGUAUUUUUGCACAAAAAUCAUUACGGAACGAGUAAUGCGUAUUUUGCUUAGGCAUAGAAAAUUGGGUGUAUAACGUCCUCUUAAGUGGUCGAUAACCUUUGAUUUGUAGGAACAGCACUUGUUUAUGGAUAAUAGCGGUACCUUUUUCCGAGCUGGCGAACCCAUUUCCCUUGCCAAAAUAUUUGGUUACCUAAGAUAAGGUUAAAUAUUUACAACAAACCCGAUAGUUCUAUCCAAAAAUUAAAGAAGCCGAGAAACGUUUCAAACGGUUAGAUGUUUAUUUUUUAAUUUUUUUUAAGAUAUAAAAUAAAGAUAUGCGUGAUUGCAAAAAAACAAUCUUUCAAUAAGUCCGUGUAGGGAAUCCAUAAUAAUAGUAAUAGACCAAAGAAGAAAUAUAAAAAUUGAAAACAAAAGUGGAAAACACUGUAAACGGUUUCUCAAAUAAGGUAGAUACGCGUAUUUUCGAUUUUGAUAUACAUAGACCGAAAUGAACAACGUUCACUGGCAUUGAAACCUAUAAACAAUCUGGAAAUGGUAUGCAAGACUAUUGACGUUGCUGUUAACCUUCCGGUUAAGUUUUACUCGUAUUAGUACAGUUGAGCGAAUAACUAUAGUAUUUCCAAUAAUAUUUAAGAACAAUAUAAAUACGGUUAUUUAUUCAACAACCCGACUGUUUCCUGACCAAACUGAAAAAGUGUGUAAUAAAAUAAUAAACGAUCUAUUUAUUGAUCAUAUUACUUUUAUGUACCUAAUACUUUUUGUAAAUUAAUGUCACGAUUUCCUAUCAAAUUACAUUCCCCGUUAUAAUAUAACAAUAAACAAAUAAACUAUUUCGGAUAAAAAUAAAAUGUGACUGAACAAAUUUACACUCGACCAAAUUCCAAAUAUUUUCAAGUGAUACAUGUGUUGAAAAUUAAAAUGUUUGUCGUUUGCUUUAAGAAUAUACAAUUUUUAUAAUCACCAUUUUAAAUUUACAAAAAUAACUCACCUCGUGGGCCCCUUUACUAAACACCGAACAAUAUCACUAAAUACUUUUUUAACCGUCUUACGAUUUUUCGCAAACUAUGAUUUACUACAUUUAACUUUUACGUAUGCUAAUAGACGUUGUGCGUGACGUUUUAGUAUUAAUAACGUCUCAAACGACUUAAAAAAUACCGCACGAAAAGACAGUUUGGAAUGCAAUUUUUAUUUGCAUUUCUGUUUUGUUUUUUUCAAUUAUUAUAUCCGCCACCGUAUGUUUAUGUACUUUUUUUUUGUUUUGUUUUACCUGGACUCGAUUGAUUGUAUUGUUUUUUUUUUCGUUUGGAAUUACAGUUGUUUAUUUAUUUUUCUGCAUUGACGGAACGGAAGUACAGGAAAUACCGUUAGAUUUGGGCAACGAGCGUGACGAGACAAUCGAGAAUUGAUAUAACAAAUCAAUCUUUUCUCCCGGCUCGACGUCUGUUUGCCGAGUUAACCGGCAGUGUAUGGCGAAUCCCCCAUCACAUUGCAGACUGUAGCAAAAAAAAAAUAUAUAUGUAUAUAUCUACAGACGAGCAAUGUAAAUAUAUCAUCUAAACAAGAGGGGUGAAAAAAAAUUCAUUUAGACUCGAAUAAUUGAUUAUGUUCCAUGCAAACGGUAAAACACAUUACAUUAUUAUGUAUUUUUAUCGGCAAAAACAAUGAUGCGCACAACGACCGCAUCGAUCAUGCGAAUGAAAAUAUUUUUAUAAAAAUUAUACAUGCAUAAUAUAAUAUCUGUAUAAUAUACAUAAUAUAUAUUAUCAAUGUGUGUACAAUGUGUGUUCGGGUUGUGCGUCGCACUGUGUGCGGUGAAAGGUCUAUACAUUGUUUGUUAUUAUAACAUUUUGAUUUGUUUUUUUUUUUUAUUAAGGCUGCUACUUGCAAUUUACCCAAGACUGUGAGCAUAGUUUCAUUCGGUCUCCUAUCUCAAAAUUGUGUACCGGUAUUAUAAUAAUGGAAUUGCAAAAUUUGUCUUCGCACAAGUUCAAUAUAGUUCAGUUCGUCAGCCGGCCAUUUAUUUGAGGUAUAUGGUUGCCCGUUUUAUGAGCUUAGACAUUUGUUUUGAGUAUUUUGUCCUCUAACUCAUAAACUGCGAGUCUAAAAUGUUCCCUAUCCAGUUAAUCAAAUAACCGCGCCACAAUAUAAUUGAAUAUUGUAUUUUCCAAAUUUAUUUUAGUACAAAUGUCGCUUACAGAAUUUUUUUAAACGUUUUAGACAUUUUGAAAAUAAUGUACCCUAGUGUUUCGAAUAAAAAAAAAAUAACUAUAAAAAAGAUAAGAGUAACGCUUUGGGGUGUCUGCGCAGGCCCUUUCUACAGCAGAAUAGAAUAAAAUAUGUUUGCUAUCCAGUUCACAAAAUUACCGCCAGAACCUAACGAAUUGGACAAAAAAAAACAAAUCGGCCGACCUAACUUGACUUUACGCUUAAGUUAUAAUAUAAACUAGAGAAAAGCCUUAAUUAGCCUUACAGUUCAUGGCUCUUGUUUCUGUUCAAUAUGUUAUUAUUAUGUAUUCAUUAAUUUUUUUAUCUAUAGCAUUGCUCUUGUCCGUUUAAAUAAAAUAGUAAAAGAAAAAAUUAUCAAAAAUUUGUAACGCGAUACUCACUGUUAAUUAUAGUGAACGGUUCACGAAGCGUAAUAAUUCUAAACAUAUUUUUAACAAAUAACAUUAUUUUCCCAUUGUACACACGCGAUGAUUUUGUGUUCACCGCGCCAUAUUUGUUUUAAAUAUAUUAUUUCGGCUACGAUUACAUUAUUAUGUAUAAGUGACUUAGACAUAAAUAUACUUAUUAUUAUUAAAUUAUGAAUAAUACUACAUUAUUAUUAUUACUUUUAUUAUGUGUGUAAGCGCCCGUGUCAAAAAGAAAGAAAAAAAAUAUAUAAGUAUCUUAUAGUCGAUUAAAACCAACCAAUAAUAAUAUAAUUGUAUAUUUCCCCUACCACAUGUCCGUUCUGCACUAUAUUAUUAUAAUUAUACACUACGAAGUACUUAUAUUAUAGUAUUAUUCUAUUGUCGUACACAGAUUGUACAUAUUAUUAUUAUACAUAAUAUACUAUUUUCUAGUUGUAAUGUCUAUCGACA